AUGGGUGAAGUGAUUCAUGUACAAGUUGGAGGGUGUGGCAAUCAUAUUGGUUAUCAAUUUUAUGAAAGAAUUGCCAAACAUGAACAUUCAAUUCUUCCCAAUGGUGAAAAAAGCCUAACUCGUAAUCAUGAAAAUAUUUACACUGAUAUUGAUGAAGAAAAUUACUAUACAAAUGUAUUCUUUGAAGAGAGUAAGAGUGGUCGAUGGUCUCCGAGGGCUGUUUUAGCAGAUUUGGAGCCUUAUUCCAUAGAUCAAAUACAACAAUUAGAAUAUGGAAGAAUAUUUAAGAGCGAAUAUAAUGCAAUUUAUCAGUAUGGUGCUGGAGGAAAUUGGGCAAAAGGGCACUAUACGAUUGGAGCUGAAUGUGUGGAUAAUGUUAUGGAGGUAGUGAGGAAACAAGCUGAAAAUUGUGGGAACUUACAAGGAUUUCAAUUGAUGCAUUCGUUGGGAGGAGGAUCAGGAUCAGGUUGGGGUACUCUGGUGAUAUCUAAACUGAGAGAGGAGUAUCCUGAUAAGAUUGUUUCUAGUUGUUCUGUUUUUCCUUCUUUGAAAGCAUCAUCUACAAAUCCUGUUGAGGCCUAUAAUUGUGUUUUGGCUUUUCACCAAUUGAUUGAGAAUACAGAUUUCGUAUCAUGUUUUGAUAAUGAAGCUCUGAUUGAAAUACAAUCAAAAUUGAAUCUAACCAAUGAAGGUUUUAGUGCAAUUAAUAGAAUAAUUGCAAAGGUUAUGUCUGAUGUAACCUGUUCAUUUCGGUUUCCUUCCCAUUUAGGGUAUAAUUUAAGAAAGCUUGCCACCAAUUUGAUACCUUUUCCUAGACUCCACUUUGCAACAAUUUCACACACUCCAAUUAGUGCUGAUAGUAAUAAUUCCUCAAAGAAUAUAUCAGAACUAUUCCAAAAUUUGACAUCUCCAAAUAAUGUCAUGUGUGGCUGUGAUCCUAGAAGUGGUCGGUAUAUGGCUGCCAUUGCUUUAUUCAGAGGCUCUAUGACAUUGAAAGAAGUGAAUGAUGUUGCUUCAUCUGUUUCCAAUAAGAAUUCUUCUAAUUGGGUUGAUUGGAUGCCACCCAAUUUAAAAUCAAAUGUUUGUAAGAAGAAAUCAGGUGAUUUUGAGUCGGCUACUCUCAUUGCAAACUCCACAUCUAUUCGAUUCUUGCUCACCAAUAUUGAAAAUCGAUUCGAUAACUUAUUCAAAAGGAAAGCGUAUCUUCACAACUUGUGUUAUGAAGGAAUGGAUGAAAUGGAAUUUUCAGAGGCACAACAUAAUCUUAAUGAUAUCAUAACUGAAUACAAGUGUUACGGAGACGAAAUUCUUGACGAUUUCGAUGAUAGUAACCUUGAUCUUUCUUCUAAGGACUUGAUAUAA